UCUUGGCAUCCGCCGCCAGCUUCGUUCUCCGCAAAAACCAAAAAUUUAAAGCCUCACCAAUACAUACUUUGCAGAACGCCUUAAUUCCGUUUCCCAGUCCCCCACCUUAUAAUCAUAAUCAUGCCGAAGCGUAAGCGCGCCGAAUCUGAAGAUGCAAAUGACUCUCCGGAGAGUCGCGAGGAGCGCAAGACCGUUCUGCGAGUUACUCGGUUGACGAACAAAUUCGAGUAUGAAAUACAGACAUUGUUCCGCGCUCUGAAAACCGCUCGAGGGUUUGAGCGGCAGAAGAUGGGUCGGAGACAGAAGACUGCGCAGAAAGAGAAGAACGAAGGGGCGCUGGCGCGCUUACAGGAGGAAGUGCAGGUGUUGAAGACCCUCGAUCUGGAACUCACAGCACAAAGAUACCUCUUCAAGCAACUAGCAAAAACCAAGCGCAUAGCAGAGUCUCCUGCAUUCGUCCGGUUCAAGGAAGCGAAGCAAUUAUCGAUAGAAGGCCCCAAGAGCAAUGCCGAAUCGAACGUUAUUGCGCGUCUAUUCAAGUCAACUCCCAUAAAGAAUGUCAUGCCGGGAAUCAUGGACGGGUUUAGGGGACUUUUGGGGGUGGACGCCGCGCCGGGUGCGAAAUCUACGAAGGACUCGAAAGAGAGGGAUGCCGAUGGAAAGGCAGAAGUUAAGGCUUCGAAGUCGAAGAUGAAGGAUGAAAGGGAGCAGGGAUCAGAACCACUUUCAGGUGACGAGUCCAGUGCGGAGGAUGUCAAUAUGGCCGAUAUACAAAGCGACGAUUUCGCCCAGUUCGAUUCCCGGCUUGCGGCCUCAUCAGACGAGUCCGAGCCUGAAGGCGCCUCUGGCGAUGACGACGACGACGAUAUCAGCAUGGACGGUUCGAAAUCAAACCGUUACAAUCGUGCAGCCGAUCUCUCUCUAUCCCCCACCCCAUCCGACUCAGAAUCCGACUCCCCUCCCGCGACGUCCGUUAAAGCUAGCAAAAAGGCCUCUGCUACAGGAACCAUCAAAGACACUACUUUCCUCCCCUCUCUCAUGAUGGGUGGAUACUGGUCUGGUUCCGAAUCUGGAGAUGAACCUGCUCCCGACGAACCUCCCCGUCGCAAGAACCGCAUGGGCCAACAGGCUCGUCGCGCUCUCUGGGAGAAAAAGUACGGCAGCGGAGCAAACCACGUUCGCAAGGAGCAGGAGAAAAAGAGAAACAGCCGCGAUAGUGGCUGGGAUGUCCGCAAGGGAGCUAUGGAUCCCGAUGCCGAUGGCAGAGCCAAGAAGUUUGGUAAGGGACGAAGCGGCCCUGGUACGGGCAGGCCGGCCCACAGGUCAGGAGAGAGGGGAGCGUCGAGUCAUAAUGAUAGGCCGUCAUUCCAGCAAAAGAAACCCCAAGAUGACAAGCCGCUACAUCCGUCGUGGGAAGCAAAGAAGCGCGCGAAGGAGCAGGCGGCUCAGGCUACUUUCCAGGGAAAGAAGAUCACGUUUGAUUAAUUGUUGGCGUUGCAAGCAUUAGUUAUGAGAGACGAGCGUUUGACUUCAUCUGAUGCAAUUAUUUUCAUAAUUAGGAGUGAGGAGUGAUCUGCAUUCCAUCGUGUAAGUAUAUUUAACUGCAUCGCGAGGGUCUCCAAAGAAGGGAAAAAGUUAUUCUCGUUCAUACACCAUUCCA